AUGUACGCUGCUCCAUCAGGACUGUACCCAGCAGCUUUACCCGUACAAACAGGGCCGUAUCCAGCUGCGGUCCCAGUCGUACCAGAGAUUGCAGUACCCACUGGCCCAUAUCCAGCUCAAGUUGAAGUGCCAACUGGCCCAUAUCCAGCUCCAGUUCCAGUAGUACCAGAAGUGGCCGUACCAACUGCUCCAUAUCCAGCUCCAGUUGAAGUACCGACUGGUCAGUACCCAGCUGCAGCUCCAGUAGUACCUGAAGUAGUUGAACUACCAACUGGUCCCUACCCAGCUCCAGUUCCAGUGGAAGUACCAUCUGUUCCCUAUCCAGCUCCGGCCCCAAUUGUUCCAGAAGUUGUCCAGAUACCAAAUGGUCCUUACCCAGCUCCAGUACCAGUUGAAGUACCAACUGGACCUUACCCAGCUGCAGUCCCAGUACCAGAAACUGUCGAAGUAUCAACUGGUCCCUACCCAGCUUCAGUUCCAGUUGAAGUACCAAGUGGUCCUUACCCAGCUUCAGUUCCAGUUGAAGUACCAACUGGUCCUUAUUCAGCUCAAGUUCCAGUAGAAGUGCCAGCUGCUCCCUACCUUGCCCCAGUUCCAGUUGCAGGGCAAACUGGUCCUUACCCAGCUUCGGUUCCAGUUGAAGUACCAUCUGUUCCCAAUCCAGCUCCAGCACCAAUUGUUUUGGAAGUUGUCCAGGUACCCACUGGUCCAUAUCCAGCUCUAUUUGUAGUACCAACUGGACCUUACCCAGCUGCAGCUCCCGUACCAGAGACUGUGGAAGUACCAACUGGUCCUUACCCAGCCCCAGUUCCAGUUGAAGUACCAACUGGUCCCUAUCCAUCUCCAGCUCCCAUUGUUUCAGAAGUUAUUAAAGUACCCACUGGUCCAUAUCCAGCUUCAUUUGUAGUACCAACAGGUCACUAUCCAGCUGCACUUACAGUACCAACUGGUCCUUACCCAGCUGCUGUUCCAGUACCAACUGGUCCUUAUCCAGCAGCCAUUUAA